AUGCUUCAGCCUCGAGUGCUGUGGGCAGCACGGGCAGCGAGGGCAGCACGGGCAGCACGGCGAUGCCGUGUCACAUCGCAGCGUCCACCAGCUGCCUCCCGAACGCCUCCGCGCCCCCACGCCUUCUCGACCUCGUCGCCAUUGUCGCUUGACCCGCGCACGACGUCGACCACCGCCUCGAUCGCCAGCCAGACACACCAGCCCGCUGCGCCGCCACGAAGGAGCCGGCCGGGCUUGAUCUCCGCAGCCGUCUUCCUCGCCCUGGGCCUCACCAUAGGCACAGCCGCCCGCGCCGUGCUGUCGCCGCCGCCGCCCAUCGUCCCAGCCUCCAGACUAGACGACGCCCUCUCCGCCGACAUCCGCGCCGCCGCCGCCGCGCUGCCCCUCGUCAAGCACCUCCUCUCCGACCCGGAGUGGGCCGGCUUCCACCACGACGCCUACGACGGCAUCCCCCCCGCGUCGCGCCCCCACCGCAUCACGACGGGGCCCCUCGCCGGCACCCGCGGCGUCGGCGCCUACCAGCACGUCUUCCACAACCGCUCCACCGGCGAGGUUGUCGCCGUCGUCUACCUCGGCCCGGGCACCAUCGGCUGGCCCGGCGUCGUCCACGGCGGCGCCAUCGCCACCCUGCUGGACGAGCACUCCGCCCGCGCCGCCUUCAAGGACCUCCAGGGCGCCGGCCUGCUCACCGCCAACCUGGACAUCGUCUACAAGCGGCCCACCCUCGCCUCCGACUUCUACGUCCUGCGCGCCCGCGCCGUGCCCGACGACGAGCUGCCCGCAGCCGAGAGGGGCAGGAGGGCCAGGAAGGUCUGGGUCGACGCCAGCAUCGAGACCGUCGACGGCAAGACGUGCGUCCAGUGCCGCUCCCUGUUUGUGGCCCCCAAGUCGAUGAGCCUGAGGAGACUGCCCGAGAACUUCUAG